AUGCCCUCCCAAGACUUCACCCAAAUCCCCAUCAUCGACAUCUCAUCCCCCACGCCCCAAACCCUCUCCCAUCUCCGCACCGCCCUCACACAAAUCGGCUUCCUCUACAUCUCCAACCACUCCGUCCCCACCUCCACAAUAACAGCCCUCAUCAACAUCCUCCCAGACCUCUUCGCCCUCUCCCCCCAAACAAAGCAAGAAAUUGCGCUGGAAAACUCUCCUCAUUUUUUAGGUUACAGCGCUGCUGGCACGGAAACUACAGCUGGGAAGGCAGAUCUGAGGGAACAGGUUGAGCUCGCUACGGAACUUGAGAGAGCGCCUCUUGAUGCACCGCUGUACGAUGGGCUGAGGGGUCCGAAUCAAUGGCCAUCUGCGCUUCCGGAGCUGAAGGGUGUUGUUACGCGGUAUAUUGAGGAAAUGACACUAUUAGGCGAACGUUUUUUGAGACUUGUUGCGAAGGCUCUUGAUCUUCCGGAUGACAUAUUCUUCUCAUACCUUUCUGAUCAACACCGUCUUAAAUUAGUUCACUACCCUGCAUCAACAACAUCAUCCCAAGGCGUCGGUCCGCACAAAGACUCCUCAGGAUGGUGGACCUUUCUCCUCCAAGCAUCACCUCAAGUAAACGGUCUCCAAGUCCUCAACAAAUCCGGCUCAUGGAUCGACGUCCCCGCCAUCCCGGACACUUUCGUCGUCAACAUCGGCCAAGCAUUCGAAGUCGUGACAAACGGUGUAUGCAAAGCGACUACACACCGCGUCCUAUCCUCUCCAGAAGAACGAUUUAGCGUUCCGUUCUUUCAAGGUGUGCGACGUGAUUUAACGAGGAAUGAGGCGGUGACUUCGCUGAAGGCGCAUUUUGAACGCUGGGGUGAAGGGGAGGAGGCGGGUGAGGCGGGAGCGGUGGAUAAUCCGUUUGUGAGGGGGUUGUAUGAUACUUGGGGGGAGACGCAGUUGAGGACAAAAUUUUCCAAGAUGGCACUCGAAUUACCCGCGCGACAGACGUUUACAGUCCGUAGUGACAAUGUAUACUCUUACAUCUUCAUCCCUCCUACCUCCCAAUCAACAACCCUUCUCUUUCUUCAUGGCUUCCCAUCAACCCUCACAGAUUGGGUUCAUCAAAUUCAACAUUUCUCUUCCGAGGGAUAUGGCGUCGUCGCUCUGGAUCUGCUCGGUUACGGCGAAAGUAGCAAGCCAACAGAUGUACACGCCUACCGCCUCAAGUCGAUGGGCGAUGAGGUCAUCGAACUUCUCGACCAUCUGAACCUCAAGACCAUCGUGGGAAUCGGCCAUGAUUUCGGCGCGACACUUUUAUCCAGAAUGGCAGCUUACCACCCCUCACGCUGGGAAGCUCUCGUAUUUCUAGCCGUCGGACCGCCCAAGCUGGGGACGCCAUUCGACGUUGACAUGAUCAACACCAUGACCAAGCAGUUCCUGGGGUAUGAGAUGCUCGGAUACAUCCCAUGGCUAGCCGAUUUCACCACGCAGGAAAUCCUCGAGAAGAACGCUGAAACGGCGAUGAGUCUGGUGUUUUGUCGCGAUCGCGAAGAGUGGGAGACGUGGUUCCAUCCUCUUGGCAAGAUGGAGGAGUUUGUGCGUCAAGACCGCAGACUUCCCAUCGCAUCAUGGUACACUGAUGAUCUGCAGGAAGCACAUCUCAAGGCAUUUGGUUCAAAUGGUGGGUAUAAAGGCGUGUGUCGGUGGUAUCGCAUGUGGAAAGAUAAUCUCUUCGCCCCAGACGAACAAGGCUUUGAAGACUUUCACAUCUCACAACUCGUUCUCUUCAUCGUCCCAUCAGAACCCGAGCAAUCCGCCGCUCAACAACAGCAAAUGCUUUCAUCCUGGGCCCCUCAACUCCAAACCGUCAAGUUAAACACGAGCCACUGGAUCCAUAUUCAAGCUCCCGCCGAAACCAACACUACAAUCCAGAACUUCCUCACCUCACGCAGGUAG